UUCUGCUUUCUGCUGCUUGGGCCACAGCUCCGACAGGACAAAUUAUCCUCCGCUACUUUCCCUACAGAGUACCAGCCGCAGCCGGACAAACAUCCAAAAAAAUGGGAAACUGUCAACCCACAAUUGUACCCUAUGAGGAGUUUGAUGUCUUGGCUGACAUCAAGGCCAUCCGCAAAGCCUGCAAAGGGCUCGGAACUGAUGAACAGGCCAUCAUUGACAUCCUGGCGAACCGCAGUUCAGCCCAGCGUCAGGAGAUUAAACAGGCCUAUUUUGACAAGUAUGAUGAUGAGUUGGUCGAUGUACUGAAGAAAGAGCUGUCAGGUAACUUUGAGAAGGCCAUCCUUGCCAUGCUGGACCUGCCCGUCAUUUACGCUGUCAAGGAGCUGAGGAAGGCCAUGAAGGGAGCGGGCACCGAUGAAGACGUCCUGGUCGAGCUUCUCUGCACCGCCACCAACGACGACAUUGCCAUGUUCAAGGAAUGCUACUUUCAGGUGCAUGAACGUGACCUUGAGGCGGACAUCGAGGGAGACACAAGUGGGGAUGUAAGAAACCUGCUCACAGCCCUUCUGCAGGGCACCAGAGAUGAGAGUUACGAAGUGGACGAGGCUCUGGCUGAAGAAGAUGCCACCUCCUUAUUUGAGGCUGGAGAGGGGCGUUUUGGCACGGACGAGUCCACCUUCAGUUACAUCCUGGCCUCCAGGAAUUAUCUGCAACUCCAGGCCACCUUCAAGAUUUACGAGCAGCUCUCUGGAACUGAAAUCCUGGAUGCUAUUGAGAGUGAGACUUCUGGGACCCUGAAAAAAUGUUACAUCACUCUUGUGAGAGCUGCCAAGAACCCCCAGCUCUACUUUGCCAGACGUCUGAAUGAUGCCAUGAAAGGAGCAGGCACUGAUGAGGACACCCUCAUUCGCAUCAUUGUGUGCCGCUCAGAGUACGAUCUGGAGACGAUCAAGGACAUGUAUCUGGAGAAGUACGACGUGUCUCUGAAAGAAGCCCUGAGGGAUGAGUGCAGCGGCGACUUUAAACGUCUGCUCUUGGCCAUCUGCCAUUGAAUAGGAGGAGGAGGAGGAGGCGGGAGGGAGGGAGAAACGGAGACGGCAGAGCGCCAACGUCGGGCCGAGGGUGCUGCUGCUGCUUUCUCUGAAACUAAUACUACUCACACUCGGUCCGCCUCACUGUCCACAACACUGUGUGGGGAGCAGGACGGUGGAAAUGGAAAGAUGUCUAACCUAGCUCAAGUGUUCAAGUGUCCAAACUCUGAGUUAGUCUUGUAGUCAGAUGACUCUCCUUUUCAGCCUUGUUUCAACAGCGUUAUACUAGUCAUAGACUGAAAAAUAUAUUUCCAUGGUAAUCCCCCUUAAACUAUUUCUUAAUGCAGGAAAAAAAAGCCUGCUGAGUCUGUCAAUGACUGCCCAUUUCUAAGUGAAUUUUUACCUUGACUUCUCAACACAUUUACCAGCAUUUGCACAGCGGUUCCUGCCUGCAAAGGUGUUUGUAGUAAUUUUACAUGAGAAUGAAGAUACAUCAAUUUCAAACAUAUUAACAUUAACAGGGGCCAGCUGUAGUCACAUUGGUCCAGUUAUAUUGAUUAAAAUCAGGCAGGUUAGGACUUGAUGGGAAAAUCACAUUGUAAGCAUUUGGCAUUUUACUAAAUUACAUAAUUCUACCACUGCUUAUACUAAUACAAGAGACAGAAAAAAAAUCAUAUUGCCAUUAUAUUAAUAUUAUACUAAUACAGAUAACAAAGUUUGUCAGUUAAUAUCAGAGUCAGAAAGUAAAUGAAAUGGUUUUUUUUCCAGAGGCCAGUAUCUUCCACCCUCCAAGCCCCAAACCCAGUGACUGUUAUGCUUGACUGCUGUCGUUACAAUUAAUGCAAUCACUCCGUAUGGCUUGAAGUUUGUGCUCUUAAAGGAAAGAUUUUGAAAGUUUCUGAUGAAGGAAUGUUAAUUGGUAUGGAUUAUGAAGGACAUGCAAUGUUGCUUUGAUGGUUUUUUUGUCAUCGUCCAAUCCACAAAAGAGACAAUAUAUUUUGUUAACUUAUCAAAAGAUGCUAUGAACUCAUUUAUGUUGCCUUUUUAUCUCGACAAAUCCACAUGCACCUCACCUUGUUAUAAUUUUUUUUGUAUAUUUAGACUAACACAGUAGCCUAUGGUAUAUAUAACUUAAUUGUUGGUGUGUCAGAAGGUAUAUGGAAAGAAAUCUAAUCUAAUAUUGUACUUGCAACUAGUCAUUUGUGUGUCCCUAUGGCAGCUGAAAUUUAACUUGUUAAAAUUACCACUAUUGUAAACACCUUGCAACAAGUUGACCGAUGUGAACUACACAAGACAGCGGUGACAUCGACUGGGAUUUCAGACUGGUCUUUUACAAAAAAAAAAAAAAAUGUUAUGGAACUGGGACCAAUAUUUGCCUUGGUUUAGCCAAAGAAUUUUAGUCUAACUGCAAAUAAAGUGUCCUGUAAAGUCA